AGAGCUCGCUCGCGCAUGAAAAGCUACAGUGCCGGAGCUGAGUCUGUCCGUCGAUCAUCGUUCUGGCAUUGUUACAAAAAACUUACACUAGGGUUGAGAAAUGUGAACGAAAAUGGGCAGAAAUAAUCAUCGAGACUGUUGUAGUAGCCAGGUAGCAUGUUGCUGUGGGAACUCAUCUUGUUCAUCGCCAUGUCUGCCGCCUAUCAAAGAAUCUACCAGCACAAGGCUGAUGUAUAUAUUCUAUUAUCUCAUUGGAGCUAUUCUUUCAGCAGUCAUGGUUACAGAAACCAUUGGAGAAUCAUUACAUCGGGCUCCAUGGCUGGUAGAUUUCUGUGAGAAUGUUGGCGCUGGGACAAACUGCAGCAGUUUCAUGGGAUAUGUUGCAGUAUACCGUAUCAACUAUUCCCUUGCAGCAUUCUUCCUUGUCUCAGCUGUAUUGACCAUUUGUGUCGGAAGUAGUUCGUCCAUCAGAGGACAAAUACACAAUGGUUUCUGGUUCUUUAAGUUCAUUUUGUUGAUAUUACUGUGGGUUGGUGCAUUCUUCGUGCCCACCCCUCCAGAGGUUCUGACAGCAGGACUGGUGGUGGGCUUCUCAGGUGCUUGUCUGUUCAUCAUCAUGCAGCUAUGGCUUCUCAUAGACUUUGCUUCCUCCUGGAACCGCAGUUGGUCAAGGAAGUAUGAAGGGGGAUCAGUGUGUUGGUAUAUAGGAUUGAUAUUCUUCAUCUUGAUCUUCUACGCUGUAUCCAUCCUGAUAACUGUUUUUACCAUUGAGAUGUAUGGCAGGCCAUUCAUCACAUGUCUCAGGAACACACUCUAUGUCAGUUUUAGUGCCACAGCCUGUGCCAUCAUUACCAUUCUCACCAUCCUGCCAUGUGUACCACGAAAUCAUCCAAGGGCCAGCCUACUACAAGCGUCCAUAGUCUCAGCUUAUGUCAUGUACCUAACAUUCUCAGCAAUUGUCAUUGAACCACCAAUGGAAAAUGUAACACAAAUUGGCUUCAAUGGAACAACCAACACACCAAUCUACAAUACAACAUUGGUAUUAUGCUCUCCAAAUAGUUUUGCAUCAGCUAUCUUUGUUGAUACUUCGUAUGGAGAGCUACUGAGUGGAGCUAUAGCAACUAUUCUUCUCCUCGGCAUGGUGUUGUAUGCUUGCGUAAUGUCUUCAACAUCUACUGCACCUAGUCCUGAGGAAGAAGGCAAUGCCAACAAAAACUUUUGGUGCUGCUGUCAUAAUGAAAUCCAUGAAGAUGAAAUCGAUGGUCACCGUCGCGGUUGGGGUGUAAUUGCUAACGAAGAGGAGAAAACCAUUUACAAUUACUCUUUCUUCCACAUCACAUUCCUUUUGGCAUCACUCUAUACUAUGAUGACAUUCACUAACUGGUAUAGUCCAGAGAGUGCCACAUUGGAGAACCUUCACCGAACAUGGCCGCCGUUCUGGGUACGUCUGGUUUCCGCCUGGAUGUGCGCCCUCCUGUAUGGCCUCAAGAUCAUCUUCAUCAUGUGUCGGACUGAUCCUGAUCAACAGUCUAAUAGGAGAUCAAGAAGACGAAGGAGAAGAGAUCGUCAGAGGGGUACACCAUUGUGAUUUCUGUACAGCCUCUUACCAGAACUUAGGCAAUGACCUCUGCAUGGUACACCACUAGAGAAGUUUGUCACCAGAGUCCCCAAAAAUAAAUGUUUGUUCUGGAUAAACGUGGUUGAACUUUCAUAAAUGGAAGUAUUUCAGUAGUAAUAGAGAAAACAAAUAUUAAAAAAAAAAAAUUGAUGAAAGUGUCUUCUUGUCUCAGUAACUUAAUAGGCUUGUGAUGAUCAUCAAUUUCAUAUUUGAGUGGAAAAAAUUAUUUGAAUCGGGUAGUGCUCUUUCUUUUGAAAAAAAAAAUACACACACAGCAAUGGUUUUGAUUGGCCAUUAUGCAGUUGAUUGCAAAUAUGUGAUGUCAGGUCCUCGGCCCCGCAGAACAAAGUCUAGCAAUCAUCUAGCAUAUUUGUUAUUGUUGAUUGCUUUGACUACAAUGUACCAUUAUUUGUAAAAAUCAAGCGUAUGAUUAAUCGCUAACCUUUGUGUUACAAGAAAUUUCCGAAUUUUGGGAUGUGAGUAUUUAAUGAUAAAUCCGUGAUUGAUCAUAUGAGGUAUUAAGGUAAUUUCUCAUACCGUUAACUUCAUCAUGUACAAUCUAAGACAUGUCAAAUUAACGUCAAGAUGAUUUCAUUGAUUCUUGCAUCACAUUCAUUUCUUGAUAUGAUACUUGCGAAUAUGUUUCUACACUUAAUUUUACUGGGAAAUAUAUUUCAUUAUUAAGGAUUAAGACUAGAAUGAAAGUUUUUGCGUUUUUCUUUUAGUGAUCAGAAUAUGUUAUCACUUUUGUUAAUUCAUUAUUUUAAAUUAUGUAUUCUCCACCUUGUUUCAAUAUUUUUUUUCGCCCUUUUGGUGGAUUUUUUCACAUUUCAGAAAGGUAUUGUAAUGUAGUAAUGUACGAUGCGAAUGCCAGCUCAAAUGUUAAGGUUUUCAGAUCCUUAGCUUAGAAAUUAAAAAACUUUUCAAAAGAAAUAUUAGGUCAUACUCUUAUAAUAUUUGACUCAGUGUAGACAAUAUUCAAGAUAGAGAAGUGUUAGAAGUUUAAGGUUCACUCGAGCAUGAGAUGUGCAUUCUGUGCAAAAUCUGUUCAAAUUCUCAGUAGUAAGAAAUAAAAAGGUCUCAACCGUGAAAUAAUGUGCAUCUCGCUUUUGACUUCAUGUUUUAAAUGGGGUCAAAGGAGAGUCUCUCUUUUCAAAUGAGUCAAAUUAUUAAGUUUGAAGCCCGGAUAUCCAAUUUGUCCUGUUACAAAGAAUCUUGCCCGCUGGGUUAUGCUCUACAAGGUGAAUUGAGAUCAUAGUGGAACAAUACAUAUCUUCUCUAUGAACAGUCCUUGUUUUUUACUUGUACUAUGGGUGCUAUUGUACUUGAAUAUCAGAACUAUUUAAAAUGUGAUUUAUGACGUAUUGUUUAGUACUGUUACUCUAUUAAUAAGUAAUUGUACUUAAUGUCUACCUACAUGUAUGCCAUGUAAUGUACUUAAUUCUUCUAAUGCCAUUGAAGUCUUUGUGAACAGAUGCUGCCUUAAUUACACAUUUUAAUCAUUUUUAUGGAAUCAAUGGUUAUCAUUUAUUUUUUAUCGAUAUGAAUAUUUUCAUUGAGAUUGAGUGUACCAACCACAUGUAUGAGGACUCAAAACUUGCCUUGGUUUAAUGUAUGAAAUUUUAAUUCUUAUGAAUCAUGUGUGUGAUUAAGAUCAAAAUAAUUAUAUGCAUGCAACUUUUCUGUAUUUAUUUCACUGUAAUCUUAGCCUCUUAAUGAAAAUUGUAUUUAAAUGAAUUAUCAGACAUUGAUAUAUUACCGUAUUUGUUGAAUACUAUGUUCACAAUGAAAUUGAAAAUACAAGAUGCUAUGUCAUUUUCUACGACAUAAAUGUUAAUACCUCAUAUUUUUGAUAGGUUUCUCUUCACUUCCAACCCAUUUAAAGGGAAGAUCUUGAGGAUCAUGUUUCUUUUAUUGACUCUGGUGUAACUUCAUAUUUUCUCCUCAUAUUUUCAUAUUUUCUAUUUUAGAAUCAUGGAUCAUACCUCAAAUACAUUAGUCUUUCACUUGUGAUUUUCCUUUUAUUCCAGAUCUAAAUGUUAUAAUUAUAUCAAGGCUAACAGGACUAAAACACACAUAUAUAUAUUUGGUGUACUUGUUGGACGUUAAUAAUUUUCCUCAAUGCUUACGUGUAUUUCCUGCUUGUAAAGUAAAUGCAAGGCUUGCUAUUUUUUGUCCUUACACUAAAUUGUCCUAACUGAAAUGGAAGCAAAUUGCUUGGCUGAAUAAUAGUUUGGUUUUUAUUUUAUGCAGUGGAUUAGAAAUGGCCAACAAUUUAAGAAAAAUUGCAGUGUCAGUGAAACAUUGAGGAACUUGAGAAAGCAACUAAAAGUGAAUUUGAUAAGAUUAAAAUGUGGAUGAAUAGGAAUGUAAUUCAGUUUCUCACAGACCCCAUCUUUCUUCAUAUUUCACGAUAGCUACUUUUGUUUAAUAACAUUGUCUUUUUAGUGUUGUGUAUACCAAGUAAUUUUAAUAUCACUAAUUGUAUAAUUAACCUUGUAUUCAUGUAAUAACAAUAUAAUGGAAAAGUAUUACACUAAAUUAGAAAGUAGAUGCUAGAUUGUUGUCAUACAUGUAUGUACCAAAGCUGAAGUUACGUUUAUUACUUUGUGAAGCUGUUGUAUUCCUAUUUAUCGCCAAGCGUAUACUAGUAUAUAGUGACUCAUUGUAUGGGUACGUGUAGAUGUAUUGAGAUAUGGUUCUGCUGUACAUUUCUUAUAUGUGAGCUAUGUUUUGUAUUAUUUCCUCAUGCAUUGUGAAGCUGUGAAAUGCAGUUGUCUUUGAACUUCUAGGUAUUGUACAUUCUGCAAAAAUGACACAGGUUUAUUAAUAGAGUUAGUUUUUGUUCAAAGACCUCUCUCUGCUGCAUAAAGUAAUGAAUUUCCAAAAUAAAAUGGUAUGGAAUUUUGAAAAAAUUUCAAGAUGUUUUUGGAAGAGAAAGGGUAAAAUGAAAUGAGCAGGGUCUUUUCAAGGGCAUUGUAAAGUUUUAUUAUCGCUUAGUAAAGAUAGGAGUUUUCCUUUUUUUUUCCUUACUCUUUCUCAGUCUGUCAUCCCCUUCCUUCCCAACCCCCUACCCUUACCCUUCUCUUUCUCUCUCUCUCUCUUUCUCUUUUUUUUUUUUUGGGGGGGGGGGUCUUUCUAUCAGUAUUUUCCUUACUAUAUCUCUGUCUCUUUCUCUGUUUAUUUUAUCCUCUCUUUCUUCUACACUCCCAAUAUCUCUCUCAUUAAGUUCUCCCUUUUUUUCACUUUAAUACUCCAAGUAUGCAUUAUCUUCCCCCUCUAUCUGUGGCUUCUCAUAAUAUGUUCUACAUUUAAUAGGACAUUAGAAAAUCAAAAUAAAUUGUGCAAAUAUUGCGUUACUACUGGUAUAAAAAAUUGAAAUAUGUACUCAUUGUACUAGACAUUAUUGUAUUUUAUUAUACAUUGUAUGUUAUUAUAUAUGUCUGUGUGAAAUUUCUUUUUAUCCAAUGCAGAGUGAUUAUUGUAUGCAAACAAAAAAAUCAUAUGUAAUGUAUCUUGUCUGAAAAAAGAAUCCGUGCAAAAGGGUGGGGUGGGGGGGGAUAAGAAAAACAGAAUAGUGAAAGCUUGAAAAAAACGUCUUCAAUAUUAAAGCAACAUAUUAUUAUGAGUAUAACUAAGGUAUGGUGAUAACAACAUGUUACUACUGUUAGAACUUCAUAGCUUUCUAACUUGUCUGAUGUCAAUCAUGCACAUUAAAUCAAAGAUUAUUGAA